CUGUCGACCCUGCUGCUCGAAACACCAUGCUUCCUCCACGACCACCACCACUACACGCUGCCAGCCCUGCCAAGAGGAGGUCUGUUCCCGUAGGCUUCAAGAGGUCGUCGAGCUCGGUCAACAGCAGCAGUCGUGGGCAAGAAGAAGAGCAGAAGCGGGAGCUGUCGCCAAGGAGAAAUAACCGGCUUGUUCGGCCGCAGAGCGCAAGGUUCCACAGCAGCCAAGACGUACUCGAUACCUCUCACUUAGACGGGCUGUACUUCGAGCAUCAGCGGGCGCAGGAGCUGCGUCUUCGGCAGGAGGGGCGGCGGCAGGAGAGGAAGCUACCGGUCUACCCCUCCAAGUCAGCAGCAGUAAAGGUCGGAAUCGUGGAUGAUUGUGACGAUGAUGAGGAUUCGCCAGCAGCCAAACGUCCUGCUUCGGCCCACGAUAAAUUGACCACAUCAGAACUUGAUGACACAAGAAGAUACGGGGAGUACUCUGCAGAGGAGAUCGCGCUGCGCCGCUUCAUGACGAUGGUGGCGUGGGGGUCCGGCUUGAAUGUGGUCAAGUACAACCGCGGCAGGGGCCGGGUUCGUCGCGUGCUCAAGUUUAACGACGAGGGCAUCGAAAGAGCCGUGGGCGCUGGUGUUGCUACCCUCUCUACGGCUGUGUGUGAAAAUUCGCGUCAAGGCCGGCCGUACUUUGUUUUUUUCUUCACCUACUCAGUUUGGUUGAUCGGAACAAACAGGAAAUAG